CGCCCCUUAAAAUGGAAAGCGAGCCCCGUUGGGCCUGCCCUAUGAACUGGAACCGUCCUACAUUUGCCGGAUCGCCUGUGGAACGAAGAGGUAGGUAGGUGUCGCGCUGCCGCAGAUGAUGCUCUCGAGGGCCCCGAGGUUUCCUCCUUUCCCGAUCCUAAACCCUUCUUCUUACCCUUCCCUACCUUCGCCGUGGACGAUCUCCUGCUGCUGCUCCAUCCCGUCACUACAGCUCCCUGGGAAUUCGCCGCGCCCGUCUUUCCCCCUCGAUCCGCCCUCUCCAGACAUUUGAAUUCUCCUCGUUCUCGUACGAGGCCCUUGACCUGCCGGGUCCCUUUGUCGGUCUCUGUCUGUGUUCGGAAAUGUACGCGUCCGUCUCCCCGGCACUCUGGCUGGUAAUGUAGCGUCUGCCUGGUACCCCUGGGGAUGAGAGACUGACCGGGGCCGCGGAGAACGAGAGAACGAGAGGGUGGGGGUCAUUAGGUGACAGUAUUUUUAGGGCCGCGCGGAGAGCGCAGGGUUAGCAACGAGGAGUGGAUAGUUUGUACAUAGCGCGGGGCGAGAUCGGACCCUGCGCAAGUUAGAAGGACGACUUCGCGUCGAGGGCAGGGGAGCGCGACGGGGCGCGAGGUGCGAACGAGUGCCGGAGGAGGAGGAGGGGAGGCGAGGGCUUUCGCAUCCUGGUCGGGCACCAUGCAGUACUCGGAGGAGACGCUGCGGACGCUGGCGGAUUGCUUCAAGCAGACUCUGGCUCCCGAUCCGGAGCCCAGAAAGUUGGCGGAGCUUUUUCUGAAGCAGUCCUCAGAGCAGCCCGGUUAUGGGAUUGCAAUUCUGCGCCUGUUGUCUGAGCUUUCCGUGGAUGAUCAGGUACGACAAUCCGCUGCCGUCAACUUCAAGAAUCAUAUCAAGUAUCGAUGGCCGGUGUCCGAUCCGGAAGGGUCCACUCUGGCUUCGAUUCAGGACUCCGAAAAGGAGCAAAUCAAAGCCCUAAUUGUGGGUCUCAUGCUCAACACACCUCCUAAAAUUCAGUCUCAGCUCAGUGAGGCUCUCGCAAUCAUCAGUAAUCACGAUUUUCCUGCCAAGUGGCCCCUCCUUCUCCCCGAGCUAGUGGCGAAUCUCAGGUCUUCCACGGACUUGCAUGUCAUCAAUGGAAUUCUCAGCACGGCCAAUUCCAUCUUCAAGAAAUUUAGAUAUCAGUACAAAAGCAACGAGCUUUUCACCGAUCUCAAGUACUGUUUAGAUGCGUUUGCCGCACCUCUCUUGGAGGUUUUUCAAAAGACUGGGCAGCUUAUUGCCUCCACUCAAGAUAACACCGUAAUGCUGAAGACCCUUUUCGAGAGACAAAGACUAUGUUGCCGCAUUUUCUACUCGCUGAACUUCCAGGAACUCCCGGAGUUUUUCGAGAACCACAUGGCCGAGUGGAUGGGCGAAUUUCACAAGUAUUUGACCUAUAACAAUCCGUCGUUGUCGGAGGCCGAAGCUGACAAGGAGAGCGUCGUGGAUCAGCUGAAGGCCGCAAUUUGUGAGAACAUUAACUUGUACAUGGAGAAGAAUGAAGAGGAGUUCCAGGGAUACCUGAGCCAGUUUGCCCAGGACGUCUGGGGACUUCUCAUGACUGUCUCCCUCUCCCCUAGCCACGAUCGUUUGGCCACCACGGCCAUCAAGUUUCUGACCACGGUCAGUAAGAGCGUCCACCACGUUCUGUUUGCCGACGGAGCCACGCUUCAGCAGAUUUGCGAGAGGAUUGUGAUUCCCAACGUGAAACUCCGUGACGAAGACGAGGAGUUGUUUGAAAUGAAUCACGUUGAAUACAUCCGAAGAGACAUGGAGGGGAGUGAUCUUGAUACUCGGAGAAGAAUGGCCUGUGAGCUGGUCAAGGGGCUGUCCACUCACUAUCGGGAACAGGUGACGGGAAUGUUCUCAGCUUACAUUCAAGAGAUGUUGAGAGAGUACGCCGUCAACCCGGCUCAGAAUUGGAAGGGAAAGGACUGUGCUGUCUACCUUGUGGUAUCUCUGGCCCCCAGACAAGCUGGGGGAGGCUCGGUCGGGUCUGACCUGGUGAAUAUUGAGCAAUUUUUCACCACUCAAAUAGUUCCGGAGCUCCAGAGCGCAGAUGUGAAUUCUCUACCGCUGUUGAAAGCAGACGCUUUGAAGUUCAUGACGACUUUCCGGAGCCAGGUGCCGAAGGCUGUGGCGCUUCAGUUGUUGAUUAGGUUUCUGGUGGCUGAAUCAAAUGUAGUUCACUCUUACGCUGCCAGUUGCAUCGAGAAAAUGCUGGCAAUGAAGGAUGGAAAGCAGCCCAGAUACAGCGGAGCCGAGUUGGAUCCUUACCUUGAGCAAUUGCUCACUAAUCUUUUUGCUGCUCUGAAGUUGCCAGAGUCUCAGGAGAACGCCUACGUGAUGAAGUGCAUCAUGCGGGUGGUGUCAAUGGCAGAUCUACGACAGUUUACGUCUCUGUGUCUUGCAGAGUUAGCCAAAAUACUUGGGGAGGUGUGCAAAAACCCGACCAACCCUAGCUUCAAUCAUUAUCUCUUUGAAGCCGUCGCAGCACUUGUGAGGAAGGCAUGUGGGAGAGAUUCCGAGCAGGUUGCAACCUUUGAGACACUUCUCUUUCCUGUGGUUCAGAUUGUUCUGGAGCAGGAUGUCACAGAGUUUGCACCCUAUGUUUUCCAAAUUUUGGCUCAGCUCAUUGAGAGUCGCAGACCCCCUCUUCCCUCAGUCUACAUAGGCAUGUUCCCUCCUCUUCUGACUCCCACAUUGUGGCAACGAUCAGCGAAUGUUCCUGCUCUCGUGCGCUUGCUGCAAGCCUACCUUCAAAAUGCACCUCAAGAGUUCAAUCAGGCCAGCCAGUUAAAUUCCGUCCUCGGAGUUUUUGAGAAGCUGGUCGCUUCGAGGAGCACAGAUCAUCAGGGUUUUUACAUCCUUAACACGGUUAUUGAGAGCUUGAGUUACCACACCUUUGCUCAGUAUGUUCCCCAGAUUUGGGGAAUUCUGUUUACAAGGUUGCAGCGAGAACGAACUGUCAAGUUCAUCAAGUCCCUCAUUAUUUUCAUGUCUUUAUUUGCUGUCAAGCAUGGACAUGCUUUGUUGACGGAUUCCAUCAACGCUGUCCAGCCAAAUCUUGUCUUCAUGAUUUUGGAGCAAAUAUGGGUACCCAAUCUCACAUACAUAACCGGAGAUACUGAGACCAAGUUGUGUGCUGUUGCCGCCACUAAGUUACUGACAGAGUCCCCAGCCUUACUAGCAGAAGGUGCAGGUCCGCUGUGGGGAAGGCUCUUGAACAGCGUAAUGACGCUGCUAGUCAGACCGGAGGAGGAGAGAGUGGAACAAGAGACUGAUAUUCCCGACUUGGACGAAGUUGUGGGCUACACUACUACUUAUGCCCAGCUUUACAAUGCUGGAAAGAAGGAGGAAGAUCCAGUGGAGGAAGUGAAAGACGCCAAGGAGUAUCUGGCAGUUUCCCUCGCCAAAGUGUCUACACAGUACCCAGGGAAAUUUGGUGCUCUGAUUCAACAGUCUCUGGAUCCCGCAAACCAAGCCGGGUUGAUGCAGAUCUUUAGUACUUUUCGUGUGGGCCUGGCGUAAUCCCACGGUCUUCCUACCUUUGGCUUUGCAAUCACAUCGUUGCAGACCUUUUCGUGUUCAGUCGAUCUUAGUAUGGAGAUUUUAAGAAUCGGCUUCAAUGGUCCAUGGACGGGCUAGCAGCAUGCAUGUCUGCGGGUCCCUCAUUGACUAGCGUGAGUGUCGAUUUGGACAUUCCAAUUUGUUAGGAUUCACUAUCUGCAGCAACAUUCAACUCAAAGUCGCUGCGUUCGAAGUGUAGGUCUGGUUUAUAGAGUACGCCGGCAUCUGUUUAUUGCAGUACAUGCGGUGGCUCCCCAGGUAGAUGAUAAUCGGACGCCCACACACCAUGUCUGGGAAGUCUGGCUGUCACCAACCCAUUUCAAGGUAAUAGCUAUUGGAAGGCAUGGAUAGCUCUUCUAGUGAACCCUCCUGCUUUUUCUGGAAACCAGCUUUGCCGGUCGAGAUACUCAAGUGACGCACUCCUACCGUAGCUUCUCCAAGGAGCCAAAUCCAGUGGUUUGAUGGGACUUCAUUCGGACUGGUUUAAUUCGAGCCAUCUUCUGUGGGUUAGCAAUUUUGUACUUCACGUACGCCUGGAUUGUAUAUGGAUGUGGAAUGCAUAGGUGUAAUGUCAUACACGGGAGAAGUAGAUAGGUGCCCUGGCUCCUAACUUUGUAUAAAGGAGGCGUGUUUUGUAGUGCAUCUUGUGAUGUUCUCAUCACACUCAAAUUAAGAAACUGAUAUGUUCUGGAGAUUUAUUCAUCUUGUCUCAUGUCAAAACACGAUGCGUGUGAGGGAUUUCAAUGUGAAAGUUCCAGCACGAAGGUCGAUAGCUAGAAGUCAAAAUCUGCUAUAGCUGGGUCGAAGUAGUAUUUCUGGUUGUGGUUUCCCGAAACGUUUUUGUCAGCUUAUGAUUCCCUUAGAAUGGACAAGUAUAUGUGGAGGGAGAAAAUUAAAACCUUCUGAUUCUUCUUCAGGAUUCUGACUUCUGAAACUUCUGCUAAUAGUUAAAUAAGGUCGAGCUUGCCCAUCAGAAUCGCGUGGAUAGUUCAGAGAUUGACUUCCUCACACCCCCAAACUCAGCGACUGUUGUAGACUACCCUGCUAGCACCCAUUAAGCAAGUUUUAGACUGACAACAGUGAGACGUUGGUGGACAAGAGUGACACAAAGACUUGUGAGAAACUUAGUUUUGGUACUGACUUGGUUUAUGUAGAUACAAUGCUCACAUCGAUUAGAGCUACUAGACCACAUUUCAGAAGAACAUCGACGAGUGUCGAGAGUUUUUCCAACCUUGGAUUUUAGAU